CGAGAAUUCUCGAGAUUGACGGCAAAUGUUCCUGUACACUUACACGGAAAAUACAACCAUUUACUUCAGUUUUUAUCCCGAUCGGUGUAACGAUUCCACGACAUAUCAGCAGGUGGGAGCUGGGGGAUGUACAAGAUGUACUGGUCUUCCCUAGUGUGACAUACCUCAACUACCGGCCGCCUGAUUCUCGCUCCACUUGAUUCCACAACAGUAUUAUGGCAAUGAAUGCUGAAGUGAGUCCAUUGUCUAUCAUCAAGGAGGGCUAUCUAUGGAAACGAGGUGAACAUAUCAGAAACUGGCGGAAACGCUAUUUUAUCCUUCGACAAGAUGGGUCCUUUCUUGGGUUCCGAUCCAAGCCUGAGAAUGGUGACCUCAGCGAUCCUCUCAAUGACUUCACUGUCAAAGACUGCCAGCUGAUGAAGCUGGAGAGACCUAAGCCAAAUACAUUCAUGAUCAGAGGUUUACAAUGGACAACUGUUGUAGAGCGAAUGUUCUGUGUAGAGUCUGCUGGUGAAAGGGAGGAAUGGAUCCAGGCAAUCAAGUCAGUAGCUGAGGAUCUGAAGGUCACUGAAGAUGGUGCAUGUGGAUUGUUGGCAUCACAAAGGAAGAAGUCACUUGAUGAUUUCCAGUUUCUUAAGGUUCUCGGGAAAGGAACAUUUGGAAAAGUCAUUUUAUGUAAAGAAAAAGCAACAAAUCAUUUAUAUGCGAUCAAAAUCCUCAAGAAAGCAGUAAUUAUUGCAAAGGAUGAGGUGACCCACACAUUAACAGAAAACAGAGUUCUGCAAACAACAAAGCAUCCUUUCUUGACAGAACUGAAGUAUUCAUUCCAGACAGCAGACCGCCUGUGUUUUGUGAUGGAGUAUGUAAAUGGCGGAGAACUGUUUUUCCACUUGUCCAGAGAUCGUGUCUUCUCUGAAGACCGGACAAGAUUUUAUGGCGCGGAAAUCAUAUCUGCCCUUGGUUACCUGCAUGAAAAUAAUAUUGUAUAUAGAGAUCUUAAGCUGGAGAAUUUAUUACUGGACAAAGAUGGUCACAUUAAGAUAGCUGACUUUGGCCUGUGUAAGGAAGAGAUGCACUUCGGUGCCAGUACCAGCACAUUCUGUGGGACACCAGAGUACCUUGCUCCUGAGGUUUUAGAAGACAAUGACUAUGGGAGAGCAGUGGACUGGUGGGGGACGGGAGUGGUCAUGUAUGAGAUGAUGUGUGGUCGACUGCCGUUCUACAACCGUGACCACGACGUACUGUUUGAACUCAUCCUGCUUCAGUCGGUCAAGUUUCCCCGGACGUUGUCUGAAGAUGCCAAGAGUCUACUCACAGGCCUACUGGCCAAAAAUCCCAAAGACAGACUCGGCGGGAGUGAAGCUGAUGUAAGGGAAAUAAUGUCUCAUCCCUUCUUCAUGCCCAUCAACUGGGCGGAUCUGGCGGAGAAGAAGAUUUGUCCCCCUUGGAAACCGGAUGUGAAAAGUGCAUGGGAUACUAAAUACAUCCCAGAAGAAUUUGCUCAGGAACCAAUGAGCACGUCCCCCAGUGAGCAUGGAGGCAGUCACUUAGAGAGUAUUACAGAGGAUAACGAGCUCCCGUACUUCGAGCAGUUUUCCUACCACGGAAGCAGAAACAGUUUUGGAAAUUACCUCAGUGCCUCUGCCCAAGCUACAAACGAACACUUUUAAUGUCCACAGCUAGUUGUUACCAUAUUGCUGGCACCCAGGAGAGCCUCCAUUUUAGGUGGAAAUAAUAUUCAAAUUUAGCAUGAUGCUAUUGAAUAAUAUCAAAUGUAUGUAUUAUUAACACAGAGGUGUAUAUGAUUUUUCUUUUAUUUGCAAUAAAAAAGAUGUGUUUACUGAAUACAAUAAGGAAUUAAUUGACAUAUUAAUUGAAACUUCUUAUGUUUUAAGAAAAGGUGUGUUAAACAUGGUUCAAAAUUGCAAAUUAUGAAACUUUAAAAAGCUGAUCAUGUUUAUUAGUGUCUCUGAUGUUACAUAAUUUUGUUGAAUUUUCCCUAAAAUGGAACUACUCCCUGAAGAUGCAGCUAGUUGUUAUCAUUGGUAUGACAUUAAUGCUAUUGUCAUCUGUAUCUUUUGUUUUGUGUCUUACUGUAUACGUGUCAGUUGCAUUACCGUUAUAUCAUUGCAGUUAUAGAUCCUGAUGGAUGAUAUAAGUUAAUAAUGAUUACCAUAUGAUAACAAUGUUAUUGCAACAGUUGAAAGUUUAGAAUAAUGUCAGGUAUAUGGAGAUAAUUUGCGAAUGUUUGUCAGGUGGGAUCAUGUUGAUUGUGUAAAUAUGAAAUCAAGGGUAACUGAUAUUUUCUUGUGUUCUAAUCAACAUUUCCAGUGGACUUCCAUGACUGACUGCAAGAAAGUUGCAAGGCAGUACGCUUGAGUUAACAUUAUGGUGUGUUGGGCUUGUAUACUCAGGAAUGUGGCAGUUGAUUGAGUUAAGCCCCUUGUUGAACCCUUCUAGUUCUUGUGUCACUGAGCAAUCGUUCAUUGGUGUGCUUGUUUCUUCUGAAGGAAUGAUGCAGAUGUCCAGAAUUGACCAUAUAGGAUGAAAUUAGAAAGCUAUUUUUGAUAUAUGUGAAAAACAGAAGUAGUAGUAGAUGAUUGCUGAUCAGACAAUAUAAAUAACAUUAUUGUUAAUUGUAUAGCGUCAUACUCCAAAGUUACUCAGAAACAAACACAUCCAACUCACUUUGCAGUCCUUUACAAUUUCUGUGUGUGGAUAUUGCAGUAAGAGUAUGAGUGUUCUGUGUGGUUACUGACAUUACAUUGUGAGUCAAAGUUAAUCUUGCCUUGUGUGAUGAUGUGGCAUGGUUAAUUAUGGCCCUAGUG